UUGACUGUGGCGCGCCCUUGUGUCUCGGUCAUGCACGUGCACGAGCGGCGACAACAAAACACGUCAUCAGUGCGCCGGAAGUAGCCUCUAAGAAGCACAAGAGACAAUUCUGGCUGAUUCAUUGUAGCUAGUGGCAUUGACUCGACUGAUCACAAACACACAGACUUGUCCAAACACCCGAAACACUUGACGACAGACUUGACAUGGACCGGCUGCUGAGACUCGGAGGUGGGAUGCCAGGGCUUGGCCAGGGCCCCCCAACAGAUGCACCUGCUGUGGACACAGCAGAGCAGGUUUACAUCUCCUCUCUGGCCCUGCUCAAGAUGUUGAAGCAUGGGCGUGCUGGUGUACCAAUGGAGGUCAUGGGAUUGAUGCUGGGAGAAUUUGUUGAUGACUACACAGUGCGAGUGAUUGAUGUGUUUGCCAUGCCCCAGUCAGGAACCGGUGUGAGUGUUGAAGCAGUGGACCCUGUUUUCCAGGCCAAGAUGUUGGACAUGCUGAAGCAAACCGGCAGACCAGAGAUGGUGGUGGGGUGGUACCACAGUCACCCUGGUUUUGGCUGUUGGUUGUCUGGCGUGGACAUCAACACCCAGCAGAGCUUCGAGGCCCUGUCAGAGCGAGCCGUCGCAGUGGUGGUUGAUCCCAUUCAGAGCGUCAAAGGAAAGGUUGUUAUUGAUGCCUUCCGAUUGAUCAAUGCCAACAUGAUGGUGUUGGGUCAUGAACCAAGACAAACCACAUCCAACUUGGGUCAUCUCAACAAGCCUUCAAUUCAGGCUCUGAUUCAUGGACUUAACAGACACUACUACUCCAUCACCAUCAAUUACAGGAAAAACGAGCUGGAGCAAAAGAUGCUGUUGAACCUGCACAAGAAGAGCUGGAUGGAGGGCCUGACCCUGCAGGACUACAGUGAGCACUGCAAACUCAAUGAGACCAUCGUCAAGGAAAUGCUGGAGCUGGCUAAGAACUACAAUAAGGCUGUUGAGGAGGAGGACAAAAUGACCCCAGAGCAGCUGGCAAUCAAGAAUGUUGGAAAACAGGAUCCCAAGAGGCACUUGGAGGAGCACGUAGACGUUUUAAUGACAUCCAACAUUGUUCAGUGCCUAGCUGCCAUGUUGGAUACCGUAGUUUUCCAGUGAUGGGACUGUGUGUAUAACUGUUAAUAUUGCGACCCUUGUUUUCCCUUUUAUAUAAAAUAAAUGUAUGUAUGA